CAUCCGGCCGGAGCCUAUCUCGAGCCGGAGUCGAGCCUGACUGGAAGUUCGAACUCGAAGGUUAAGCUGGCUCGGCUCAACUUUCUGCUGGGGUCGAGCCUGUGCAUCUGAGGACUGAGGUCGCUUGUGGUCUUGUGGACAGCCCUGCCCCGCUUCCAAUAACUGCGCCGCCGCCUCUGCUCCUCUGCUGCCCCUUCGAAUCGGGCACCACAAGAGCAAGGGUGUAGAUGGGAGAGCCCAACGGAUUGGUAUAGAAUCUUUUCCUCAACCCGUCGAUUGUAGUUGCUCAGCACUAAGGAAAUUCUCUGAUCUGCUAAUCGGGCGACUUGAAAACCAUGAUAGAAAGUCAUCAAAAUUGGAGCUAUCAAGGUAGCAAGGAACUUGAUCAAUAGUACCUUCUGAGGCAAUAUGACAUCAGUAGGUCUACUAUCAUCAGGUUAUGAAGCAAGUACCAGUGGAACCACUGAUCGAUUGCCAGAUGAGAUGAACGGGAUGAGCAUAAGGGAUGAAAAGGAAGUGGAAGCCGUUGUUGUCAAUGGCAAUGGGAUGGAGGUUGGUCAUACUAUUGUGACGACUGUUGGUGGAAGAAAUUCACAGCAGAGGCAGACUAUUAGUUAUGUGGCAGAGCGUAUCGUGGGGCAAGGUUCAUUUGGAGUUGUCUUCCAGGCCAGGUGUCUGGAAACUGGUGAGAGAGUAGCUAUAAAGAAAGUUCUUCAAGAUGUGAGAUACAAGAACCGUGAGCUGCAAACAAUGCAAGUUCUUGAUCACCCAAAUGUUGUAUGCUUGAAGCAUUACUUCUGCUCAACCACUGAUAAGGAAGAGCUUUACCUCAAUUUGGUGCUUGAAUAUGUGCCAGAAACUGUUCACCGUGUUAUUAAACAUUACAAUAAGAUGAACCAACGGAUGCCAUUGAUUUAUGUUAAACUUUAUAUGUAUCAGAUUUGUAGAGCUUUGGCUUACCUUCACAACUGCGUAGGAGUGUGCCACAGAGAUAUAAAGCCACAAAAUAUUCUGGUGAACCCACAUACCCAUCAGCUGAAGUUGUGUGACUUCGGCAGUGCCAAAGUCUUGGUACAAGGGGAACCAAAUAUUUCAUAUAUUUGUUCUAGAUACUACAGAGCCCCAGAGCUCAUAUUUGGGGCUACUGAGUAUACAACAGCUAUUGACGUGUGGUCUGCUGGUUGUGUACUUGCUGAGCUUCUUCUAGGUCAGCCUGUUUUUCCUGGGGACAGUGGUGUCGAUCAGCUUGUUGAAAUUAUUAAGGUUCUAGGUACUCCAACACGGGAUGAAAUUAAGCGCAUGAAUCCAAACUACACCGAAUUUAAGUUUCCGCAAAUCAAAGCUCACCCAUGGCACAAAAUCUUCCACAAAAGAAUGCCAUCUGAAGCUGUAGAUUUUGUGUCUCGGCUUCUGCAGUACUCACCAAACCUCCGGUGCACAGCAUUGGAGGCGUUAAUCCAUCCAUUCUUUGAUGAACUGCGGUACCCAAACUCACGUCUACCAAAUGGCCGUUCCCUUCCCCAUCUCUUCAAUUUUAAACCUAAUGAGUUGAGAGGAGUACCAGAGGAGUUUGUUGUGCAAUUGAUCCCUCAGCAUGCUAAGAAGCAAUGUGCUUUCUUAGGAGUUUGAGAAAGCAGUUCAAUUUUAUUCCAGAAAAGAAAAAAGAGAGAGGAUGCAGCAGUUGAGAGGUUACCUGAGUAUUGAUUACUUACGUUCUGUUUAACCGCACAGUAGCAUUAGCCUACAGUAUUAUCGACUAGGCAACGUGUGCUGUUAUCUUUCACGACGGCUUUUACAUCGCAAUGUUCUACCACGGUGGUGGGAUCUUUUUCACCACAUUCUGUAAAGCAGAAGAAGACGUAAAUCGACUGGUCACCCGUUCUUGUGGUCUGUAUAUUGGUCUCCCCCAAUCUUGAGAACACGUUCUUUUGUUUUUGGAGAUGGAUUCAUUUCGUAUCUGUAUCACUAUCACCAAAUGAAACAAGAACUCAUGUAUUCUUGAACUGGAUUCAGUUACAUGAGAGUCAAACCAUGUCCUUUCUCUAAGGUCAUCCACAUGUCUUUUCAGCUGAA